AUGGGUUCUGCUGCCUCCUCAGAAACCCCUUACGAGGUUUUAAAGGCCAAGCUUGUCUCCUCGUAUACUUUAUCACGCUGGCAAAAGGUUUCCAAACUAAUUCAUCACCCUGGGCUGGGAGACCGCCGCCCUACUGCUCUCAUGGACGCCAUGUUGGCCCUUCUCCCAGAGGACGAGAAACCAGGUUGCCUGUUCCAAGGUUUAUUUCUGGAAAGGUUACCCGUCGAGAUGAGGGACCAUCUGGUCUCCAGGGACUUCAAAAACCCUAGUGAAAUGGCGUUAUAUGCUGACAGUUUGUGGGACGCCAGGAAAGCUAUACCUACUGACCACCUCCUAGCCGCAGCAUCGACCUCAUCAUCUUCCCCAUCACGUGGUAGAGCUCAGGACCGUAGAAGCCCAUCGCCAAACCGCCGUAGUCAAACCCCAGGUCCAUCAAACUCAUGGUGUUAUUUCCACAAAAGUUUUGGUCCUGCAGCCAACAAUUGUCGCCCUCCUUGCAGUUUCCAGGGAAACGCCAGAGCCGACGGGAGGAAGAAAAAUUAA